GAUAAUUCGAAAACGUAUUACGGAACUGCUCCGGAAGAUACUUAUGGAAAUCAUUUGUCUACAGUCAACAAAACAAACUUGCAACAUUACAAAGUUUCUCUUGAAAGCUCAUCUAAUGCAUCGUCCAACAUUCUGUUGAAAGAUGUUUGGAAUUCCCACAUGGAUCUAUGCAAUGAAAAGACUUGGGACCAAAUUACGAACUCUAGUAACUCACUGCUACAAAAUAAUGAUACCAGUAACAUGAAAAUAUGGAAAAGCUCACUUGGCAAAUUCACAGACCCAGAGACAUUAUUUGAAAAAUUAAUACCUGCCUGCAAAAGCUGCACCUCUAAAACUUCUCAAAGUAUGGCUUUACAGCAGCUCAUGAACUCAGAAUGCAAAUGUACUAUCCCAAAAGUUGAAACAAAGAGAAUAGACAAAGAAAAUGUCUAUGAAAACAAAAAAUCAUUAUUUGUCAAAACUCUACAUUCAAAUAGUUCAAGUUUUGAAGUAAAUUCAGGGGAUGAACACAAACCACUAUUUAAGCCAAAAUUUGGGCGUCCGAAGCCUGUGGUUAAAAACCAGCCCGUUUUACCAAAACCAAUAUCUCAAGAAAUGGAGAUAGACCUUACAAAAGAAGAGGAAGAGGCCAAAACCCAUAAAGCAAAUGUGGCUAAGAUUACAUUCAAAACUGCUAAGGAUUGUUUCUUUGCUGCUAAUCCGGCUGCCAAGAGGACUUUGGGGACUUCCCGGAAGGCUCAAGCAAAGUUUGUUUCACCUAUGAUUGGAGCCCAGGAUAAGCAAGAAAGUGUAGAGGCAGCGCCAGCAAUAGCAGAUGACAGACUGAAGCACAUUGAACCUAAAAUGAUAGAACUCAUUGAGAGUGAGAUCAUUGAUAAGGGAACACCUAUUGGCUGGGACGACAUAGCAGGCCUGCACCUGGUAAAGUCGGUGAUCCAAGAAGCCGUGGUGUGGCCGCUGCUGCGGCCCGACAUCUUCACGGGGCUGCGGCGCCCGCCCAAGGGCAUCCUGCUCUUUGGCCCGCCCGGCACUGGGAAAACACUCAUUGGUAAAUGCGUGGCGGCGCAAUGUCGCGCGACUUUCUUCAGCAUCUCGGCGUCGUCUCUCACUUCGAAAUGGAUCGGAGACGGGGAGAAGAUGGUGCGCGCGCUGUUCGCCGUGGCCAGAGUACACCAGCCUGCUGUGAUAUUCAUAGAUGAAAUUGACUCGUUGCUGACACAGAGAAGUGACAGCGAACAUGAAGCUACCAGGAGAAUCAAGACUGAAUUCCUUGUGCAGUUCGAUGGAGCUGCCACAGGUGAGGAGGAGCGGCUGCUGAUAGUCGGCGCCACGAACCGGCCGCAGGAGCUGGACGAAGCGGCUCGCCGGCGCCUCGUCAAGCGCCUCUACGUGCCGCUGCCCGAUGCUGACGCCCGUGAACAGAUAAUCAACAACCUGCUAAAGUGCGAGAACAACGCGUUGUCUGCCACGGAGAUUAACGAGGUGGCGCAUCUAACGGACGGCUACUCGGGCGCCGACAUGAAGUCGCUCUGCUCCGAGGCCGCCAUGGGGCCGGUGCGGGCUGUGCCGCUGUCACAGAUAUGCACUAUUGACCGCGAUAAGGUGCGUCCAGUGACCGUGCAAGACUUUAAGAAUGCGCUAAAACGCGUCCGGCCCAGCGUGUCGCAGGACGACCUCGGCCAGUAUGUCAACUGGAACAACACUUACGGCCAAGGGUUUUGA